GGAGCACCCUGCGGCUGGCCUGCGCUUGGGGUGCCGGGGCACGGCAAGGGAGCUUUGGAGCUGGCGCGGUGAGGACGACAUGUCCUGGUUUAGCGGCCUCUUGGUUCCCAAAGUGGAUGAGCGGAAGACAGCCUGGGGUGAACGCAAUGGCCAGCAGCGCCCACGCCGUGGGACCCAGGCCACCGGUUUCUGCACGCCUCGCUAUAUGAGCUGCCUUCGGGAUGCAGAGCCACCCAGCCCCACCCCGGCAGCUCCUCCAAGGUGCCCCUGGCAGGAUGAGACCUUCGUUCGCAGGGGUGGCCCGGGCAAGAGUGUGGAGCUGGGGCUGCGGGCUGUGGCCCUGGGCUUUGAGGACACGGAGGCGACGGCAGCAGCUGGGGCGACUGAAGUGGCCUCCGGAGUGGCCCCCAGGAGCGGCCGAUCGUGCUGGCGCCGCCUGGCACAGGUGUUCCAGUCGAAGCAGUUUCGCUCCGCCAAGCUGGAGCGCCUGUACCAGCGCUACUUCUUCCAGAUGAACCAGAGCAGCUUGACGCUGCUGAUGGCGGUGCUGGUGCUGCUCAUGGCCGUGUUGCUGACUUUCCAUGCCGUGCCCGCGCCCCCUCAGCCUGCCUACGUGGCCCUGCUGGCUGGGGCUGCCACCCUUUUUGUGGCGCUCAUGGUGGUGUGCAACAGGCAUAGCUUCCGCCAGGACUCCAUGUGGGUGGUGAGCUACGUGGUGCUGGCCAUCCUGGCUGCCGUGCAGGUCGGGGGUGCCUUGGCAGCCAACCCGCACAGCCCAUCUUCAGGCCUGUGGUGCCCCAUGUUCUUCGUCUACAUCACCUACACACUCCUACCUGUCCGUAUGCGAGCGGCCGUCCUCAGUGGCCUGGGCCUCUCCGCCCUGCAUUUGAUCUUGGCUUGGCAACUCAACCGCACUGAUGCCCUGCUAUGGAAGCAGCUCGGUGCCAACGUGCUGCUGUUCCUCUGUACCAACGUGAUUGGCAUCUGCACUCACUACCCAGCUGAGGUGUCCCAGCGCCAGGCUUUCCAGGAGACCCGCGGCUACAUUCAGGCCCGGCUGCACUUACAGCACGAGAACCGGCAGCAGGAGCGACUGCUGCUGUCGGUGUUGCCUCAACACGUUGCCAUGGAGAUGAAAGAAGACAUCAACACAAAGAAAGAAGACAUGAUGUUCCAUAAGAUCUACAUCCAAAAGCACGACAAUGUCAGCAUCCUGUUUGCAGACAUUGAGGGCUUCACCAGUCUGGCAUCCCAGUGUACUGCGCAGGAACUGGUCAUGACCUUGAACGAGCUCUUUGCCCGGUUUGACAAACUGGCCGCGGAGAACCACUGCCUGAGGAUCAAGAUCCUAGGGGACUGUUACUACUGCGUGUCAGGGCUGCCGGAGGCCCGCGCAGACCACGCCCACUGCUGUGUGGAGAUGGGCGUGGACAUGAUCGAGGCCAUCUCGCUAGUGCGUGAGGUGACCGGCGUGAACGUGAACAUGCGUGUGGGCAUCCACAGCGGGCGUGUGCACUGCGGUGUUCUUGGCCUGCGGAAAUGGCAGUUCGAUGUGUGGUCCAAUGACGUGACCCUGGCCAACCACAUGGAGGCCGGGGGUCGGGCAGGCCGCAUCCAUAUCACUCGGGCUACACUGCAGUACCUGAAUGGAGACUACGAGGUGGAGCCAGGCCGCGGUGGUGAGCGGAACGCAUACCUUAAGGAGCAGCACAUCGAGACCUUCCUCAUCCUGGGUGCCAGCCAGAAACGAAAAGAGGAGAAGGCCAUGCUGGCCAAGCUGCAGCGGACACGAGCCAACUCCAUGGAAGGUCUGGUGCCACGCUGGGUGCCUGACCGUGCCUUCUCCCGCACCAAGGACUCCAAGGCUUUCCGGCAGAUGGGCAUCGAUGAUUCCAGCAAAGACAACCGGGGCACUCAGGAUGCCCUGAACCCUGAAGACGAGGUAGAUGAGUUCCUGGGCCGAGCCAUCGAUGCUCGCAGCAUUGACCAGCUACGCAAGGACCAUGUGCGCCGGCUGCUGCUCACCUUCCAGAGAGAGGAUCUGGAGAGGAAGUACUCACGGAAGGUGGACCCCCGCUUUGGAGCCUACGUCACCUGUGCCCUGCUGGUCUUCUGCUUCAUUUGCUUCACCCAGCUCCUCGUCUUCCCACGCUCAUCCCUGGUGCUCGGGAUCUAUGCCAGUAUCUUCCUGUUGCUGCUCAUCGCUGUGUUCAUCUGUGCCAGCCACACCUGUGGUUCUCGGUUCCCUGAGGGGCUGCAGCGCCUUAGCCGGAGCAUCGUCCGGUCGCGGGCGCACAGCACGGCAGUUGGCAUCGCUUCCGUCCUGCUUGUGUUCACCUCUGCCAUCACCAACAUGUUCAUCUGUAGCCACACCCCCAUACGGACGUGCGCAGCCCGGAUGCUGAAUUUAACACCAUCCGACAUCACUGCCUGCCACCUGCAGCAGCUCAAUUAUACUCUGGGCCUGGAUGCUCCCCUGUGUGAGGGCACGGCACCCACCUGCAGCUUCCCAGAGUACUUCGUUGGGAACGUGCUGCUGAGUCUCUUGGCCAGCUCUGUUUUCCUGCACAUCAGCAGCAUUGGGAAGCUAGCCAUGAUCUUUAUCUUGGGGCUCAUCUAUUUGGUGCUGCUUCUUCUGGGUCCCCCAGCUACCAUCUUCGACAACUAUGACCUGCUGCUUGGCGUUCAUGGCUUGGCCGCCUCUAAUGAGACCUUUGAUGGGCUGGACUGCCCAGCCGCAGGGAGGGUGGCCCUCAAAUAUAUGACCCCUGUGAUCCUGCUGGUGUUUGCGCUGGCCCUGUAUCUGCACGCCCAGCAGGUGGAGUCAACAGCCCGCCUGGACUUCCUCUGGAAACUGCAGGCAACAGGAGAGAAGGAAGAGAUGGAGGAACUGCAGGCAUAUAACAGGCGGCUGCUGCAUAACAUUCUCCCCAAGGAUGUGGCCGCCCACUUCCUGGCCAGGGAACGCCGCAACGACGAGCUCUACUACCAGUCCUGUGAGUGUGUGGCCGUCAUGUUCGCCUCCAUCGCCAACUUCUCCGAGUUCUAUGUGGAGCUCGAGGCCAACAAUGAGGGUGUCGAGUGCCUGCGACUGCUCAACGAGAUCAUCGCUGACUUCGAUGAGAUCAUCAGCGAGGAGCAGUUCAGACAGCUGGAGAAGAUCAAGACCAUAGGCAGCACGUACAUGGCGGCCUCAGGGCUGAACGCCAGCACGUAUGACCGGGUGGGCCGCUCCCACGUCACAGCCCUCGCUGACUACGCCAUGCGGCUCAUGGAGCAGAUGAAGCACAUCAAUGAGCAUUCCUUCAACAACUUCCAGAUGAAGAUCGGGCUGAACAUGGGCCCGGUUGUGGCAGGUGUCAUUGGGGCCCGGAAGCCGCAGUAUGACAUCUGGGGGAACACGGUGAAUGUCUCCAGCCGUAUGGACAGCACAGGCGUCCCUGACCGCAUCCAGGUGACCACGGACCUGUACCAGGUUCUAGCUGCCAAGGGCUACCAGCUGGAAUGUCGAGGGGUGGUCAAGGUGAAGGGCAAGGGGGAGAUGACCACCUACUUCCUCAAUGGGGGCCCUAGCAGUUAGCAGGGCCCAGCUACAAAUGCAGCUGACAGGACCAAGGUGGGCAUUGAGUGAACUCUGUGCUCGCUGGGAGGAGCUGUGGGGAGCGGGGGGCGCUGAGCCUCCAGAUCCUAUGGACUGCAAAGGGUGCUCCCCAGCAGGCUGGGCUCGGUCCCCGCUUGUCUGCCUGGGGCUGGCAAACUGGGGGCCACCAAGAGGAUCACGCAAGUGACUUUUUAAAACCGGGGUAGGGCUGUUCCCUCUCCCCUCCCAGCUUCUGGAGACAGGAGGUGGGGUGCGGCAGCAGAGGGUGGCAGGAGGGGUUCUACUGCCUGAGAGGUUGGGGUGACAGCCUGCCGUGCCUACCCUUCCCCUGACUGGGCAAACAGGGCUGAGCCUUUCCUGUUCCCUCUCUUUCCUGGGAGUAUUUUUCACGGAGACUGACGCCGGCCUGAGGAGUGCCUAGUCUCUGCUUGCCUGUGGUGUGCCUGCGUUCCCAGCGCUGCGGCCUCUGCUGCAGCCAGGUCUCCCUCCAUCAGCACAGGACAGAGGAGAAAGAUGCUCUAGGGGCCCAGCUCUGUCCACAUGUCAGGAGGAUGUUUCCAUUUGCCAAAUCCUAGUCCCCAUGGUCUGUCCCCAAAGGGACAUGUGACAGCUCAGAUUUAACCCUGGUCCCUGCCUGCUCCAGGGAAUAGUGGGGUUGGCCUCACUGGUACUGUGAAAAUGCCCUAGCAGAGAGUGGUCUUGGUUGUGGGGAUGUUAGGAGCUGGGUGUUUCCCCGCCAGGUGCCGAGGAGCAGGUUGCCAGGGCAGUGCCAGAGGCUGAUCCAAGACCCUAGCAUGGUCGUGAUCAGCUGAUUGACCCUGUGCUUGCUUGCUGUCUGCUGGAAGCAGGGCACGAGUGUCUGUACCCCUUCACUUGCCAGUUAGAAGAGGGUCAAGGCUAGGAGGGAGAUGACCCUGACCUUCAGCUUGUCCUUCAACUCCCUGGCCCUGGGGAGGGUGUGUGAAUGUGUGUGUGUGUAUGUGCGCGUGUGUUGCUCUUGGCGUGCAAUUCUAUUUUCCAGGUCUGUGUGUGUGCCUGGCUCCUGCUCCUCAAAUCUCUUA